AUGAUAUAUAAGGAACUGUAUAAGGAACACUUACAUAUUCACGGGCACGCUUGCUACGCAUCCCUCAACAGGAUUAUUUUCAGAAGGAUUAUCUGUAGUCACUAUGCUGUACUUAAAGCAAAUUUUCGUCCUGUUUCUACUGCUAUGCACUCUACGUACUUCAUACGAGUGCGGCAGAAAAAACCGAAAGGUAGAAUGCAAGACCAGGGUCACUAUGCUGUUCUUGAAGCAAUUUUUCAUCCUGUUUCUGUUGCUCUGCGCCUUACGUCCUUCACACGAGUGCGUGCCUACCUAACACGAUUUGGUGAAUGAGUGCGUCGACAAUUGCCUGGCCACACGUCCUCAUAAGACUGUUCGGGCCUGUAAAGAAAAGUGCGAAAAAGAAAUCUGGAAACCAUACUGAUAUUUCCGUUACCUAUGCGGAGUUGUUCCCCGAAAAGAAGAAGCUCCUACAAGUGAAAAUAAAAUCGUUCAAC